UCAUAUGUUUACUUUUGACACUUGCAUAUCUUAUGUGUAUGUCUCAACAAAGACUACUUCAAAAUCAUAAUAAUUGAUAGUUUUGGUCAAUUUGUUAUAACCAAAAGCUACUAAUGUUUGAGAUCUAAAACCAAUAUACAAUCAAUCAUUAUUUUGCUUAUAGAGUCACAACACAACAAAACAAUUCAUAGUCAUAGCAGAAAUUACAAGAAACAAAGUUGGGGACUUCCCGAAAUCAUAUUUUGAUAAAAAGGUGUAACUUUUUUGGACUGUUUUUCUUUUUUCAUAUAGGAAGUGGCGGAUUAUUAUAAAAAAAGGCGGUGAAUUAUAUUAGCCACACAAACAAACACACAUAAAAAGGAGAGAAGAAAGAAGCAUAUAAAUAUUUGUCAUGCACCAAAUCUUAUGCAAACAUUAAAAAUAGAAGAAGAUGAAGAUAGAAACGGAAUCUCUGAGAAAAUAAAAUCAUACAACAGAAAAUUCAAUAAAGUCCUGGCUUAUCAACACAACGAGCAUAUGACAAAAAAAGGGACCCACAAAUAAAGAAUAUAAAACAAAUAUCAAAAUUCUUUCCAUGGACAUGUAUGUAAAUAUGUAAUGGUAUUAGUGUCCCUACCCAGCAUUUUCUAGUUGGAAGAGAUAUGGUCAGUGGCAAAGAUCUGCACUUGGGCACAUGAAAUGGAUAAGCCCAUUCCUGGUCCCAGUCUCAAAUCCCCAUUAUUUUCUUUUUAUUUUUAUUUUAUUUUCCCAAAACAACAAUUUGUAAUCUUUAUCUGUAUCAAACUAUAUAUAUAUAUAUAUAGCAGAGCACACAGAGACUCAAGAAUUCUCCAAACCAAAGCAAAUAAGCAAAAGAAACCCAAAGCAAAAGCCUUCAGAAAUGUCUGAAACUCACUUACCUUCAUCUAAUGUCUUCCAAGAAGACAACCUGAGCGGUUUUGUCUCAAGAAAGCUGCUUCUCCACAACCCAUUUAACCCGAACCCUCAACAAUCCCUCCUUGAACUCACGCCGUCUCCUCCUGAAACCGAAAGCAACAACCUCAGUGGAAAUGCUCUCAUGCUUCUCUCGGUCCUCAUCUGUGGCAUCAUAUGCUCAUUAGGGUUGCAUUACAUCAUUCGUUGCGCGUUGAGACGGUCUUCGAGUUUCAUGAUCUCGGAUCCCAUUUCAACUUCAAGUCCUUCGACAUCAAACACAGGGAUCAAGCAGAAAGUUCUCAGGAUGUUUCCGGUGGUCAGUUACUCACCUGAGAUGAAUCUCUCCGGGCUCGGAGACGAGUGUGCGAUAUGUUUGUCAGAUUUUGUCAAUGGAGAACAUCUUAGGCUGCUACCCAAGUGCAACCAUGGAUUCCACGUCCGCUGCAUUGACAAGUGGCUUAAGCUGCAUUUGUCUUGUCCAAAAUGCAGACACUCUCUGGUUGAGACAUGCCAAAAGAUCUUAGGAGACUGCAACCAAACUGAUCAUCAGGAAUCGGCGCCAACAACAAUCACACCACCUGAAAACAUGAUUGUUAAUAUUGCUCCUCUGGAGCCUGAAGGAAGGAUGAACUCUUACAGAGGAAGCAGCUAAAAAGAAAGUGUUGCCCAGGAAUUUAGAUUAGAGUUGUUGCUCCAUCAAGAUUGGAGAUUUUUCAGUCUCAAACACAAUUUCAUGUCCCUAGCCGUAGGAGGAUUCUAAAACCAAGAAUCAUGGAUACCCGAGAAAAUUAUUUGUUGUUCCUUGUUACUUUCCUCGAAGAAAAAAAACACAAGUGUACAUAGACAAUGCAUCUUACCUUUCACAAGUAUCU